ACCAUUCUCCAUAGCCCGGAGUUACAGCCACAUAGCCCUGAAGAACAGACGUUAAAAGUGAGAGGGAGAGAGAGAAGGAGAGAGUUACAAAACACAAAAGUAAAAAAAGGCACCUUUGCCUUGCAGAGAGAGAGAGAGAGCGAGCGAGCGAGCGAGAGAGAGAGAGAGAACUUAACAAGAAACUUUUAGACAACGACAAUUAAAGAACUAACUUUGGGGCUGUGGCGAAGACGUGUGAAGUGUCAGUGAUGCUCAAGCAGUGAAGUUAUAAGGUCUGGUCUGUUUUCAGAAGAUAAACGAAGACAGAACACUGUGAGCCGAAGCUGGUGCUUGAGCAAUCAACAGGAAAGAGACACAACACUGUCAGUUUACACCAGGGGACUUAAGAGGAGAAUAAGACAACAAGAAUGGCUGAAGAGGAGGAGACAAGGGAAGUGCUCUUCCCACAGUGGAUGGGCCCUGAUGAACAUGGCUUGACAAUUGAAAAAACGGGUGAGGGAGAGAUUUACGUGAAAGAUGUAAAGGACGAGUCCCCUGCUGCACACACUGGGAGAGUCCACAAAGGUGACCAAAUCGUGGGUGCAACCAUCUACUUUGACAACAUGAGCUCAGAAGAAACAGAAGAGUUACUGAAGACACUUAAUCGACAUAAAGUUGGGCUAAAACUACAGAACAAGGGAGACAAAUCACCUUGCCGAUCUCCCAUGGGCACACUGUCAUGGGAAGGCAAGACAAGAUUUGGAGGAUCAAGUCCUGACAUUAUCCUUAGUGGUGAUGAUGAGGACUACAGACGGAUCUACACUAAGAAGAUCAAACCUAGACUGAAAUCAGAGGACCUUGCUGAGGGUGUAGAUGUGCGUACGGAACGUCACAGCAGCACAAGCAGUGAUGGAAGCACAAUUACCACCAUCACCCGACGAAUUACUACCUACACUUUGGACAUGCCAGAGGGUCCUGGGCAGCAGCCAUAUGAAAUAGGUAGUCCAGAAUUCAAGAUUCAGGUCCCAAGUGAUGUCUCUGUCACGGGUCCACAUGCCACUGGCCCAUCUGAAAAACACUGGAGUGUGGGACAUGUUAAAACGGCAACUGUUACAAAAGAUGUUGAGCAGAGUGAAAAAGAGCUCAGAUUUAAAAUUCCUGCCACUGGACUUUCGGGGGAAAGGUCGUUGACUGAAUUUGGGCUAUCUGGAGGGAUGCAGCAUCAACAUAGCAGUAUUCAGUUACCUGGCACUAAUGUAACAGAUAGUGAUAAGAUUAAUAUCAGUGGACCUGGUAGAAGUACCCAAGGUUUCUCAGGUAAAAUAGGUGUUGGUUUGGAGAAAGGAAAUAACAAAGGAAGCAAUGGCCCUGAAGUUACUAUAGGUAACCAGCAGCUGAGGGGAGCAGGUCAAGGAAUCAACAUCAAUGUGAAUGCUCCUACUGCCAGAAUAUCUGGUACAAGUACAGAUACCACAGCAGCAGGUGUAGAUGGCAAAAUCAAAACAUCAGAGGUUUCAGGUCCCAGCUUACAGACUCAUGCCACUGACAUCAGUUUUAAAGGGGCAAAAGUUAAGGGUAAUUCUAAUGUGUCUAUUUCAGGCAUUAAAAGUGGAAUUACUGUGCCUAAUACAGACAUUGCAGGUGCAGCAGUUAAUGUUGAAGGUUCUGGUGUUGACAUUGAUGGAUCAGAAUUGGGAUAUAAGUUACCGAAAUUUAAAAUGCCAUCAUUUGGAGGCCAAGAUGUUGAUAUCAACCUCAAAGGAUCCAAAAUGAAAGGAGAUGUUGAUGUUUCGCUUCCAACUUUCAAAGGAGACCUGACAUCACCUGAGAUAGACAUAGGAGGACCUGAGGUUAAUGUUAAAGGCCCUGAAGGUGGAUUCAAAAUGCCCAAAAUCAAAAUGCCUUCAUUUGGUAUCAAGGGCACUGAUGUUGAUGUGAAGCUACCAGAAGGUAAUGUUGAUCUAAAAGCACAAGGAAUUGACAUUAAAAGUACAGCUCUUAAUGUUGAGGGUCCAGGAGGAAAAAUAAAAGGGUCUACAUUCAAGAUGCCAUCUGUUUCUGGACCAAAGAUCUCAAUGCCUGAUGUUGACUUAAAUGUAAAAGGACCUAAAUUGGAGGGAGAUAUUGACGUCUCAGCACCAAAAGUCAAAGUCGAUAUAAAAGCACCAAAGAAAGACAUUGAAAGCCCAGAUGUUGACAUUGAAGGCCCAGAAGGUGGAUUCAAGAUGCCAAAAAUAAAAAUUCCGUCAUUUGGAAUAAAGGGUCCCAAAGGGGAGGUCCCUGAAGUUGAUGUGAAUCUACCAAAAGCAGACAUUAAGUUUAAGGCGCCAGAAGUUGACAUUAGAGGUUCAGAACUAGAGGUAGAGCAUCUGGAAGGAAAAAUAUCAGGUCCAAAGAUUUCAAUGCCAGAUGUUGAUUUAAACCUAAGAGGACCAAAGGUAAAGGGGGAUGUGAAUGUGUCUAUUCCAAAGGUUGAAGGUGAUAUCAAGGCCCCUAAAAUUGACAUUGAAGGCCCAGAAGUUGGUAUUGAGGGCCCCGAGGGAGGAUUCAAGAUGCCCAAAAUGAAAAUGCCUUCAUUUGGAUUCAAGGGGCCAAAACUGGAGGGCCCUGAAGUUGAUGUAAAAAUGCCGAAAGCAGACAUUAAUGUUAAGGCACCAAAAGUCGACAUUGACACCCCAGAUCUUGAGGUGGAGGGUCCUGAAGGAAAGAUUAAAGGGCCUAAAUUCAAAAUGCCAUCCAUUUCCGGGCCAAAGAUCUCAAUGCCUGACGUUGACUUAAAUCUUAAAGGGCCUAAAGUGAAGGGAGAUCAUUGGAUGAUUGUCAGUAAACCCAAAGUUGAAGGUGAUAUCAAGGCACCAAAGAUAGACAUUGAAGGCCCAGAUGUUGACAUUGAAGGCCCAGAAGGUGGAUUCAAGAUGCCCAAAAUGAAAAUGCCUUCAUUUGGAUUCAAGGGGCCAAAAGUGGAAGGACCUGAUGUUGAUGUGAAAAUGCCUAACGCAGACAUUAAUGUUAAGGCACCAAAAGUCGACAUUGACACUCCAGAUCUUGAGGUGGAGGGACCAGAUGGAAAGAUCAAAGGCCCUAAAUUCAAAAUGCCAUCCAUUUCUGGGCCAAAGAUCUCAAUGCCUGAUGUUGACUUCAAUCUGAAAGGACCUAAAGGAAAGGUAGAUUUUGAUGUCUCAGUACCCAAAGUCGAGGGUGAAAUCAAGGCACCAAAGAUGGACAUUGAAGGCCCAGAUGUUGACAUUGAAGGUCCAGAGGGUGGAUUCAAGAUGCCCAAAAUGAAAAUGCCUUCAUUUGGAUUCAAAGGGCCAAAAGUGGAGGGACCUGACGUUGAUGUGAAAGUUCCAAAAGCAGACAUUGAUGUUAAGGCACCAGAAAUUGACAUUAAGGGUCCAGAAUUUGAGGUGGAGGGACCAGAUGGAAAGAUCAAAGGACCUAAAUUCAAAAUGCCAUCCAUUUCUGGGCCAAAGAUAUCUAUGCCUGAUGUUGACUUCAAUCUGAAAGGACCUAAAGUGAAGGGAGAUAUGGAUGUGUCAGUACCGAAGGUUGAAGGUGAUAUCAAGGCACCAAAGAUAGAUAUUGAAGGCCCUGAUGUUGACAUUGAAGGCCCAGAGGGUGGAUUCAAGAUGCCCAAAAUCAAAAUGCCUUCAUUUGGAUUCAAGGGACCAAAAGUGGAGGGACCUGAUGUUGAUGUGAAACUUCCAAAAGCAGACAUUGAUGUUAAGGCACCAGAAAUUGACAUUAAAGGUCCAGAGCUUGAGGUGGAGGGACCAGAUGGAAAGAUAAAAGGACCUAAAUUCAAAAUGCCAUCCAUUUCUGGGCCAAAGAUCUCUAUGCCUGAUGUUGACUUUAAUUUGAAAGGACCUAAAGUGAUGGGAGAUAUGGAUGUGUCAGUACCCAAAGUCGAGGGUAAAAUCAAGGCACAAAAGAUAGAUAUUGAAGGCCCAGAUGUUGACAUUGAAGGUCCAGAGGUUGGAUUCAAGAUGCCGAAAAUGAAAAUGCCUUCAUUUGGAUUCAAGGGGCCAAAAUUGGAGGGCCCUGAAGUUGAUGUGAAAAUGCCAAAAGCAGACAUUAAUGUUAAGGCACCAAAAGUCGACAUUGACACCCCAGAUCUUGGGGUGGAGGGUCCUGAAGGAAAGAUCAAAGGCCCUAAAUUCAAUAUGCCAUCCAUUUCUGGGCCAAAGAUCUCAAUGCCUGAUGUUGACUUUAAUUUGAAAGGACCUAAAGUGAAGGGAGAUAUGGAUGUGUCAGUACCGAAGGUUGAAGGUGAUAUCAAGGCACCAAAGAUAGAUAUUGAAGGCCCAGAUGUUGACAUUGAAGGCCCAGAGGGUGGAUUCAAGAUGCCCAAAAUCAAAAUGCCUUCAUUUGGAUUCAAAGGGCCAAAAGUGGAGGGACCUGACAUUGAUGUGAAACUUCCAAAAGCAGACAUUGAUGUUAAAGCACCAGAAAUUGACAUUAAGGGUCCAGAAUUUGAGGUGGAGGGACCAGAUGGAAAGAUCAAAGGACCUAAAUUCAAAAUGCCAUCCAUUUCUGGGCCAAAGAUCUCAAUGCCUGAUGUUGACUUUAAUUUGAAAGGACCUAAAGUGAAGGGAGAUAUGGAUGUGUCAGUACCCAAAGUCGAGGGUGAAAUCAAGGCACCAAAGAUAGAUGUUGAAGGCCCAGAUGUUGACAUUGAAGGCCCAGAGGGAGGAUUCAAGAUGCCCAAAAUCAAAAUGCCUUCAUUUGGAUUCAAAGGUCCCAAGUUGAAGGACCUGACAUUGAUUUGAAAACUUCCAAAAGCAGACAUUGAUGUUAAAGCACCAAAAAUUGACAUUAAGGGUCCAGAAUUUGAAUUGGAGGGACCAGAUGGAAAGAUCAAGGGACCUAAAUUCAAAAUGCCAUCCAUUUCUGGGCCAAAGAUCUCUAUGCCUGAUGUGGACUUCAACCUGAAAGGACCUAAAGUGAAGGGAGAUAUGGAUGUUUCAGUUCCAAUUGAAGGUGACAUCAAGGCACCAAAGAUAGACAUGGAAGGCCCAGAUGUUGACAUUGAAGGCCCAGAAGGUGGAUUCAAGAUGCCAAAAAUGAAAAUGCCUUCUUUGGAUUCAAAAGGUCCCAAAGUGGAGGGACCUGACAUUGAUUUGAAAAUCCCAAAAGCAGACAUUGAUGUUAAAGCACCAAAAAUUGACAUUGAGGGUCCAGAACUUGAGGUGGAGGGACCAGAUGGAAAGAUCAAGGGACCUAAAUUCAAAAUGCCAUCCAUUUCUGGUCCAAAGAUCUCUAUGCCUGAUGUUGACUUCAACCUGAAAGGACCAAAAGGAAAGGGAGAUAUGGAUGUUUCAGUUCCAAAAUUGAAGGUGACAUCAAAGGGCCCAAAGAUAGACAUUGAAGGCCCAGAUGUUGACAUUGAAGGCCCAGAGGGUGGAUUCAAGAUGCCAAAGAUCAAAAUGCCUUCAUUUGGAUUCAAAGGUCCAAAAGUGGAGGGACCAGACAUUGAUUUGAAAAUGCCAAAAGCAGACAUUGAUGUUAAAGCACCAAAAAUUGACAUUGAGGGUCCAGAAUUUGACAUGGAGGGCCCAGAUGGAAAGAUCAAGGGACCUAAAUUCAAAAUGCCAACAAUAUCAGGUCCAAAGAUCUCAAUGCCUGACGUUGACCUUAACCUGAAAGGACCCAAGAUGAAGGGUGAUGUUGAUGUAUCAAGUCCAAAGUUUGAAGCUGACAUCAAAGGACCAAAGAUUGAGAUCGAAGGCCCAGAUGUAGAUAUCAGUGGACCUGACGCUGGUUUGAAAAAGCAUAAAUUCAAAAUGCCCAAAAUUGGUUUUAAAGGGCCCAAGAUUGAGGGACCUGACAUGGAUGUGAAAGUCCAAAAAGCAGAUAUGGAUUUAAGGCACCAAAAUUUAAAAGGGUCCAGAAUUUGGUUUCAAACCAGAUGGGAAAGAUUGAAGGACCCAGAUGCCAUCCAUUUUGGGCCAAAAAUGCCAGAUGUUGAUAUUGGAUCUGUAGAACUUGAUAUCAAUGCUCCUGACAUGCCCAAGGCUGCUUUUGAUCUUAAAGCACCAAAUGUUGACAUUGAAGGCCCAGAUGUUGACAUUGAAGGUCCAGAAGGUGGAUUCAAGAUGCCCAAAAUCAAAAUGCCUUCAUUUGGAUUCAAAGGGCCAAAAUUGGAGGGACCUGACAUUGAUGUAAAACUCCCAAAAGCAGACAUUGAUGUUAAAGCACCAGAAAUUGACAUUAAGGGUCCAGAACUUGAGGUGGAGGGACCAGAUGGAAAGAUCAAGGGACCUAAAUUCAAAAUGCCAUCCAUUUCUGGGCCAAAGAUCUCUAUGCCUGAUGUUGACUUCAAUCUGAAAGGACCUAAAGGAAAGGGAGAUUUUGAUGUUUCAGUACCCAAAGUCGAGGGUGAAAUCAAGGCACCAAAGAUAGAUGUUGAAGGCCCAGAUGUUGACAUUGAAGGCCCAGAGGGAGGAUUCAAGAUGCCCAAAAUCAAAAUGCCUUCAUUUGGAUUCAAGGGUCCAAAAGUGGAAGGACCAGAUGUUGAUUUGAAAAUGCCCAAAGGAAAUAUUGAUGUUAAAGCACCAAAUGUUGACAUUAACACUCCAGAUCUUGACAUUGAAGGCCCAGAGGGAAAGAUCAAGGGACCUAAAUUCAAAAUGCCAACAAUAUCAGGUCCAAAGAUCUCAAUGCCUGAUAUGGACUUCAACCUGAAAGGACCGAAAUUAAAGGGUGAUAUGGAUGUUUCAGUUCCAAAAAUUGAAGGUGACAUCAAAGGUCCAAAAAUCGACAUGGAAGGCCCAGAUGUUGACAUUGAAGGCCCAGAAGGUGGAUUCAAGAUGCCAAAGAUGAAAAUGCCUUCAUUUGGAUUCAAAGGUCCCAAAGUUGAAGGACCAGAUGUUGAUUUGAAAAUGCCAAAAGGAGAUAUUGAUCUUAAAGCACCAAAUGUUGACAUUGACACUCCAGAUCUUGACAUUGAAGGUCCAGAGGGAAAGAUCAAGGGACCUAAAUUCAAAAUGCCAACAAUAUCAGGUCCAAAGAUCUCAAUGCCUGAUAUGGACUUCAACCUGAAAGGACCGAAAGUCAAGGGUGAUGUGGAUGUUUGUUCAAAAAUUGAAGGUGACAUCAAAGGUCAAAUAGACAUGGAAGGCCCAGAUCUUGACAUUGAAGGCCCAGAAGGUGGAUUCAAGAUGCCAAAGAUGAAAAUGCCUUCAUUUGGAUUCAAAGGUCCCAAAGUCGAAGGACCAGAUGUUGAUUUGAAAAUGCCAAAAGGAGAUAUUAAUCUUAAAGCACCAAAUGUUGAUAUUGACACUCCACAUCUCGACAUUGAAGGCCCAGAGGGAAAGAUCAAGGGACCUAAAUUCAAAAUGCCAACAAUAUCAGGUCCAAAGAUCUCAAUGCCUGAUGUGGACUUCAACCUAAAGGACCCUAAAUUCAAGGGUGAUAUGGAUGUUUCAGUUCCAAAAAUUGAAGGUGGCCUCAAAGGUCCAAAUAUCGACAUUGAAGGCCCAGAGGUUGACAUAGAAGGCCCAGAAGGUGGAUUCAGGAUGCCAAAGAUGAAAAUGCCUUCAUUUGGAUUCAAAGGUCCCAAAGUUGAAGGACCAGAUGUUGAUUUGAAAAUGCCAAAAGGAAAUAUUGAUCUUAAAACACCAAAUGUUGACAUUGACACUCCAGAUCUUGACAUUGAAGGUCCAGAGGGAAAGAUCAAGGGACCUAAAUUCAAAAUGCCAACAAUAUCAGGUCCAAAGAUCUCAAUGCCUGAUAUGGACUUCAACCUGAAAGGACCGAAAUUAAAGGGUGAUGUGGAUGUUUCAGUUCCAAAAAUUGAAGGUGACAUCAAAGGUCCAAAAAUCGACAUGGAAGGCCCAGAUCUUGACAUUGAAGGCCCAGAAGGUGGAUUCAAGAUGCCAAAGAUGAAAAUGCCUUCAUUUGGAUUCAAAGGUCCCAAAGUCGAAGGACCAGAUGUUGAUUUGAAAAUGCCAAAAGGAGAUAUUAAUCUUAAAGCACCAAAUGUUGAUAUUGACACUCCACAUCUCGACAUUGAAGGCCCAGAGGGAAAGAUCAAGGGACCUAAAUUCAAAAUGCCAACAAUAUCAGGUCCAAAGAUCUCAAUGCCUGAUGUGGACUUCAACCUAAAAGGACCGAAAUUCAAGGGUGAUAUGGAUGUUUCAGUUCCAAAAAUUGAAGGUGGCCUCAAAGGUCCAAACAUCGACAUUGAAGGCCCAGAGGUUGACAUAGAAGGCCCAGAAGGUGGAUUCAGGAUGCCAAAGAUGAAAAUGCCUUCAUUUGGAUUCAAAGGUCCCAAAGUUGAAGGACCAGAUGUUGAUUUGAAAAUGCCAAAAGGAAAUAUUGAUCUUAAAACACCAAAUGUUGACAUUGACACUCCAGAUCUUGACAUUGAAGGUCCAGAGGGAAAGAUCAAGGGACCUAAAUUCAAAAUGCCAACAAUAUCAGGUCCAAAGAUCUCAAUGCCUGAUAUGGACUUCAACCUGAAAGGACCGAAAGUCAAGGGUGAUAUGGAUGUUUCAGUUCCAAAAAUUGAAGGUGACAUCAAAGGCCCAAAAGUCAACAUUGAAGGCCCGGAUGUUGACAUUGAAGGCCCAGAAGGUGGAUUCCACAUGCCAAAGAUCAAGAUGCCUUCAUUUGGAUUCAAGGGUCCCAAAGUCGAAGGACCAGAUGUUGAUUUGAAAAUGCCAAAAGGAAAUAUUGAUCUUAAAGCACCAAAUGUUGACAUUGACACUCCAGAUCUUGACAUUGAAGGCCCAGAGGGAAAGAUCAAGGGACCUAAAUUCAAAAUGCCAACAAUAUCAGGUCCAAAGAUCUCAAUGCCUGAUGUGGACUUCAACCUGAAAGGACCAAAAUUCAAGGGUGAUAUGGAUGUUUCAGUUCCAAAAAUUGAAGGUGACAUCAAAGGUCCAAAAGUUGACAUUGAAGGCCCAGAUGUUGACAUUGAAGGCCCAGAAGGUGGAUUCAAGAUGCCAAAGAUGAAAAUGCCUUCAUUUGGAUUCAAAGGUCCCAAAGUUGAAGGACCAGAUGUUGAUUUGAAAAUGCCAAAAGGAGAUUUUGAACUUAAAGGUCCAAAUGUGGACAUUGACACUCCAGACCUUGACAUUGAAGGCCCAGGGGGGAAAAUCAAGGGGCCUAAAUUCAAAAUGCCAACAAUAUCAGGUCCAAAGAUCUCAAUGCCUGAUGUGGACUUUAACCUGAAAGGACCGAAAUUCAAGGGUGAUAUGGAUGUUUCAGUUCCAAAAAUUGAAGGUGACAUCAAAGGUCCAAAAGUCGACAUUGAAGGCCCAGAUGUUGACAUUGAAGGCCCAGAAGGUGGAUUCAAGAUGCCAAAGAUGAAAAUGCCUUCAUUUGGAUUCAAAGGUCCCAAAGUCGAAGGACCAGAUGUUGAUUUGAAAAUGCCAAAAGGAAAUAUUGAUCUUAAUGCUCCAAAUUUUGACAUUGACACUCCAGACCUUGACAUUGAAGGUCCUGGGGGAAAGAUCAAGGGGCCUAAAAUCAAAAUGCCAACAAUAUCAGGUCCAAAGAUCUCAAUGCCUGAUGUGGACUUCAACCUGAAAGGACCGAAAGUCAAGGGUGAUAUGGAUGUUUCAGUUCCAAAAAUUGAAGGUGACAUCAAAGGUCCAAAAGUCGACAUUGAAGGCCCAGAUGUUGACAUUGAAGGCCCAGAAGGUGGAUUCAAGAUGCCAAAGAUGAAAAUGCCUUCAUUUGGAUUCAAAGGUCCCAAAGUCGAAGGACCAGAUGUUGAUUUGAAAAUGCCAAAAGGAGAUAUUGAUCUUAAAGCACCAAAUGUUGAUAUUGAAACACCAGAUCUUGAAAUAGAAGGUCCAGAAGGAAAAAUCAAGGGGCAUAAAUUCAAAAUGCCGACAAUAUCAGGUCCAAAGAUCUCAAUGCCUGAUAUGGACUUCAACCUGAAAGGACCAAAAGUAAAGGGUGAUUUGGAUAUUUCUGGCCCUAAAGUUGAAGGUGAUAUCAAAGCUCCAAAAGUUAACAUUGAAGGCCCAGAUGUUGAUAUUGAGGGACCUGAAGGAGGAUUUAAGAUGCCAAAAAUGAAAAUGCCAUCAUUUGGAUUCAAAGGCCCAAAGGUUGAAGGACCCAAUGUUGAUAUAAAUCUACCUAAAGUCGAUAUUGAUGGAAAAGCACCAGAGGUUGACAUUGAAGGCCCAGAAGGAAAGAUCAAGGGGACAAAAUUCAAAAUGCCAACAAUAUCAGGUCCAUCACUCUCAAUGCCAGAUGUUGACUUCAACCUAAAAGGACCAAAAAUAAAGGGUGAUAGUGACAUCUCUGUUCCAAAGUUUGAGGGUGAUAUCAAGAUGCCAAAAGUUGACAUUGAGGGCCCAGAUGUUGAUAUUGAGGGAGCAGAGGGAGGAUUUAAGAUGCCAAAGAUCAAAAUGCCUUCAUUUGGAUUUAAAGGGCCAAAAGUGGAAGGAGGUGAUAUUGAUGUAAACUUGCCAAGAGCUGAUAUUGAUCUGAAAGCUCCUGAUGUCAACAUUACACGUCCAGAUAUAGACAUUGAAGGCCCAGAGGGAAAAAUCAAAGGGCCUAAAUUCAAAAUGCCAUCCAUUUCUGGUCCAAAUAUCUCAAUGCCUGAUGUUGACUUCAAUCUGAAAGGACCUAAGGUGAAGGGAGAUUUGGAUAUGUCUGUACCAAAAAUCGAAGGUGGCAUUAAAGCACCAAAGAUCGACAUUGAAGGCCCAAGUAUAGAAGGCCCUGAAGGUAACAUUAAAGGGCCUAGAUUUAAAAUGCCAUCAAUUUCUACACCGAAAGUCUCAAUGCCUGAUGUUGACAUUAACCUUAAAGGUCCAAAAGGGAAGGGAGACAUAGAUGUAUCAGUACCAAAGAUUGGAACAGAAGGAAAAAUUGAAGGUCCAGACUUUGAUAUCAAAGGUCCCAGUUUUGAAAGGCCAGAAGUCAAGUUUCCAAAAUUCAAGGGCCCCAGUUUUGGGAUAAAAUCUCCAAAAGUACAAGGUCCAGAAAUUGACCUCCCUGAUCCUAACAUUGGCAUUGCAGGUCCUGACAUUACUGUAGAGAGCCCAGAGGCAAAUAUCAAAGCGCCAAAAGUCAAGAAACCCAAAUUCCAUAUGGGUGGAAAAAGCCCCAAAUUAGAUCUUCCCGAUGUUGAUGCUAGUGCUGCCGCUCCUGAUGUAGACAUAAGUCUGAAAGGAAAGAAGGGAAAAUUCAAAUUACCUAAAGUGAAAGGAAAGGGGAAAAACAGUGGUGCUGACAUAAGUCUCAAAGCACAUGAUCUUGAAUUAGAGGCAGAAUCACCUGACCUGCAUAUCAAAGGACCUAAAGUAAAGAAGCCAUUGUUUGGAAAACUGCAUUUUCCGGAUGUUGAACUUGACAUUGGGUCUCCUAAAGGAAAAGGGCCAAAGCUCAAAUCAGGUGUAAGCAGUUCCAGUCUAGAAAGACAAGAUAUGAAUGUCAGCUUGAGUACACCUGAAAUAAAUGUUGAGGCCCCUGGUCUUGACAUAAAAGGGCCAAAGUUUUCUGCCCCAGAUAUCAGUCUGAAGGGUCCAGAAAUAAAGGGAGGAUUUGGAGAGGGGAGAGUGGGCGCUGAGGGGAAGGGCAUGAAAUAUGAUGUUAAAGGUGGCGCAAGUAUGGGCAUGGAGAGAUCUGGUGAGAUGGAGUACCCAGAGGGACAUGUUUCAUUUCCAAAGAUAAAAGUUCCAAAGUUUGGUAUUGCAUUACCCAGACUGGAAGGGCCAGAGGUUGGGGUGGAUGUUGGAGCUAGUGAAGUUAGUGGAGGGGCUGAAAUGGCAGCUCCAUCUAUGAGUGGUCAUAUUGGUUCAGAUCUGCAUGACCCUGAACUUAAAUCAGGUGGGAAAGUGAAGGUGAAGAUGCCCAAAUUCUUUGGCAAGUCAAAGACUAAGGGUGGAAGUGCUGCUGACCUUACCAUGGGCAGUCCAGAUGUCAAAGUGUCAAGAGACCUCAGCUUGAGUUCUGGAGAAUUGCAAAGUGGCAAAAUGUCAGUAGGGGGAAGUACUGAACUUAGAGUUUCACCCAAAAGCAAAUCCGCAUCUCUUGAUCUUUUCAAAAAAUCACGACAUCGCUCUUCAUCUUUCAGUGAUGAAGGGGAACUGGCCUCUCCCGCCUCUGCUUCAGGUCACUUAGAGGCAGGCAGUGGCGAUAUAUCUGUGGAUAUUGGUGGGGGUAAGGUCAAGGGGAAAAAGGGAAAGUUGAAAUUUGGCACAUUUGGUGGAUUUGGAGCUAAAUCCAAAGGUUCAUAUGAGGUGGCACUAGGAGAGCAGGCUGAAGGAAAGCUAGAGGGAGGUAGUGAUGUGGCACUGUCAUCGAAAAAGUCAAGAAUGUCUUCCUCUUCCAGUAGUGAUAGUGGAUCAAAGAGUGGGUUUCAUUUUCCAAGACUAGAGCUUGCUGUGUCACCUAAGAAAUAAGAAAUGGUGAUACAAAAAGCACUAAUGUACUCAUAUUGUUAUUGUUAUUUUUCCACUCAUAACUAAUCUUCAAGCAUCUGAAAUCAAAUAGCAUAUUCACACCAUUCUCUUUGAGUCCUCACUGCACAGUCACAUAAUUACUAAUAAUCAAUAUAUGUGAGUUGUAUUCAUUCGCUCUCUUAUCCCAGUCCAGCAAUUUAGAAGCCUCUCGAGGUACAUACCAUAUUUUUGCUAUUACACUGUAAAUAAGAAAAAAAACUGUAUUGUAAUUAUUUUGUUUUCUUUUGUACAUAGUUAAAUUUUAUUGAGACUACACCAUCUCACAAAAAUCAAGCAGUGCCUUAGAGAAUCCAAACAAGAAUAUUUGCAUUUUGUUUUGAUUUUUUAUCAUUUCUUUUUUUUUUAACUUGUAAUAUUUUAAGAAACACAAAUACUGGGAGUAAUUCACAACAUAUUGCAAUCACUGUAUUACUGAUAAGAAUGUGUUUUUGCAUAUACACUUAGAGCAGUAAAAAAAUCUUUAUAUUUGAAAUUAUGCAACUAUUUUGCAGCAUCACAUAUAAUCAUUCCUGUUUUCACAGUUACCAAAAUGAUUUGCAGGACAAUCUUUUUGCAAGAAAAAAUGAGAUUUUAACAAAUGUCUUUUGUACAAACUGUAAAUAAACUGUGGCUGCCUCAUCCUACUGCAGAGAUGGGCAGAAUUGGAUAUUCAAUCUAUAAAAGAAUAGGUAUAUAAUAUUCCCAUUACAAUUUCACCUGGGUUAGAUUUUUGUCACUAUCCAAAUUAUUUAUAUUUGGUAAAACUUGUUAAUGAUAACCUAAAUAAAAAAAAUGUGUUUUUCUAUUAACUAGGUUACUGCUUUUGAAAGUGUACACAAUAGUUCAUCCAUUUCCCAUCACACAUUACCUUAAAUUGAGAUGAUUGUUUCUCUCUCUCCCUCUCACUCUCUCUCUCUCUCAGCAAAUAUGGUAGUGUCUGGUGGAAAAUCUAAGGGUGACAAUUUCACUUUAAUCACUAAUAAAAUGUUGUUGACUCUCAGCUGCAGAUCCUAAAUUGUAUUUUUCUAUGUUUUUUCCUGUUACAAAACAAACCAAAUAAACUGUACAAGUACCCA